GAUCUUAGUCCAACUUGAUUUCAGAUCCAUAAAGGAAAAUGGGAGGGCGGACCUCUAGCGGCAGCAGCGGUGAGGAGGAUGACGCGAAUUGGAAAGCGGCUAUCGAGUCAGUAGCUGCCACUACCACUUUUGGCAGUAAAGUUUUUGGGAAUACAUCGAAUGGCUCAACAUCCCAUUCCACCUCUAAUAGAGAUGUUGAAGAGCAGCAAACCCAGAAUUCCCAAAAGCUCAAGCACUACCAACUAAAGGCACAAAAGCUUUUGGAUGACAUCUUAGAAAAGACCUUAUUAAUGGUGAGUGAGCCCAUUCAUGUCCCUGAUAAUCCCAUUGUAGAUGAAGGUGGAGUACGGCUAUUUAAACAUUCUCCUGCUGGGAUUAUAUUUGAUCAUACAGAUGAAAUUCAAGGGCCCAGAAAGCGACCAAGAAUUCUUCCUGCAUAUGACGUUGAUGAGAAAUCAAAGAAGUUUAGACGGCAAAUCAAAUCUGUUACUGUGAAUGGGGUAGACAUAAUUGCUGCAGCAAGAGAGGAAGGCCAAAAAGCAUUAGCUAGAUUCGAAGCCAAAGAAGCAGCAACAAAAGCCAAAGCCAAAAAGGAGGAGGAAAGAGUUGCAGAAUUGAAAAGAAUUAGGGGGGAGAGAUGGCUACCUUCCAUUGCGAAGGAAAUUCAGUUAACUUUUCAAUGACUAGCAAUUUCUGCACUUGGAUAGUUUUUAUUGAGCAGACUCCAUUUGCUUUUCCAAAUUUUCACUUUCACCCUUCAGAUUGCUUGUAUUCUUAGGAUUCAUGCAAUUCCCUGUCUUCUCUGAUUGUUUCAAUAAGAGAUAUUUAUUUCAGUCA